UUCCGGAGACCGUAGUCGAAGCCCUGGUGGACGGCACCGCCAAGAUGCCCUGCAACAUUCUCCAGAAGAAGGGCGACAGCGUCGAAUUCAUUUUCUGGUACAAGAACGAUGGUGUUACGGCCUUGUACACGCUGGACGCUCGAGACCGACGCCUCGCGGACGCUUUCCACAUGCGCAACGAGACAUAUAGUGACCGUGUACAAUUUCAUGUCACCGGUGACCAACCCUAUCUGCAGAUGGAUUACCUCAGAGAGGAAGACACUGGAUCUUAUUUUUGUCGGGUCGAUUAUCAAUGGUCUGCAACGGAGCUUAAAAGAGUCAACCUUAUCGUUGUGGUACCACCUAAGCGACUAGUAAUUCGUGACGACUCUGGCCAAGAAAUCCGUGACAGAGCAGGGCCUUAUAAAGAGAAAUCGGAUAUAGGUCUAUCUUGUGAAGCUCAGAAAGGGUUCCCUUCUCCCAACGUCACGUGGUGGAGAGACAACAAAUUAUGGGACAAUACUUUCAAGAAGGUAUCCAACAAUGUCGUGAACGAGAUAAGGUUGUCCAAUCUCAGCAGGUCUGACUUAUUUGCAACUUUUCACUGCAAGGCUCAAAAUACUAAGCUUACCUCUCCCAUAAUCAAGACCAUCGUCUUAGACCUCUAUUUGUACCCGGUGUCAGUUAAGAUAACUAGCAAACCUAUGGCUCUCUCUGCCGGUAAACCUGUAGAUGUCACCUGUGAAUCAGUUGGAUCGCGACCCUCUGCGAAGAUCACGUGGUGGUUGAAUGGUACUCGUCUCACCGACCACAUCGAAACCGUCCAUGACAAUGUCACCUCCUCUGUCCUCCGCCUCCAACCCAAAGUCCAAUACCACAAGACUCCUUUGGCCUGCAGAGCUGAGAAUCCGAAGCUGUACGACAGUCAUGUGGAAGACAUCAGAUUGCUCAAUAUCACGUAUGUACCUCAAGUGUCUCUCCGUUUGAUAAAGGAGGAAGCAGAUCGCCAACCAAAAGAAGACGAUUUUGUAAGAUUAAUAUGCGACACAGAUGCAAAUCCACCUCUGCUAAAAGUGGGAUGGCUCUUCAAUGACCUGCCCUUGUCCCAUAACGAGUCUCGAAUUGAUGUGGUCAGUGGCAAUACUCUAGUCUUCAAACGAUUGACUCGUCGUAAUAGAGGACGCUAUAAAUGUUAUGCUAUUAACGAAGAAGGUAGAGGUAUUAGUCAAGAGCUAGUGUUAAAUAUCAGCCCAAAAACUGAAAAGAUUAGUUUGAGAGAUUUAGAGCAGAAAUCUGGAAUUAGUAAAAACCGA